CCUAAUUUCUUUGAAUUCUUAGCUCUCAAACACAUGGCCGUUCCCAUGUGGAAAGUACGGUCCCAUUUGUAAAAUGAGCCGAAUGCAUCACCCUCUUCAUUCUCAAUGACAAGCCUUAUUGGUUUUAGAAAUUUGCACACAGGGUGUAGGUUGACACGAUCUACCAUGAAUUUUUACGUAGGCGCAAAAUGACUUACGAAUGGCGCUUUUAUUUCCAUGCUCUAGUUUGUCUUUAAAACUUUAUAUUCAAUCACUGAAAUUCAGACAAUAAAACGCAUUAAAGGAAAGAAUCACCUAUAUUUAACAAUUCGUUUUUUUUUUUAAUAUCUUGUAAUAACAGGAAUUAACAUUGUUUUAGCUAUUCAUCUGUGACGUGGUUCAGCCGUAGAUGAUUUGGUAUCAUUUAUUGUUUUGAAUAGCUCAAAUAAGUUUCAGUGGAUAUAGAGUUUGUGAAUUUCGUUUACACUUCAUGAGAAAAACGGAUUCAUCUGGUGAAAAUCUAGAUUAUGUACUAAUUAGCUUUAGGUACAUAGACACUUUACAGUAUAAGUGUCAAGCACGUUGUCCAACAAAUAUGAAAAUUGUAUUCUCAUUUCAGUGGAGACAUGUAGCGUAGGAAAUGACGUGUGAUUUUUGUUUCAGUUUGCGUUCCAAAAUAACGUUAUGACGUUUUAUUUCUGUCAAAAAUGUUAAGAUUCAGAAGUGGUAGAAGUACAUGAAAGUCAUUGGCUAUUAUUCUUUCAAGUAGUUGACUCUUUGUUUUUAUUUCAAAAUGGCACAUUUUUAGAGAAGAUUUUAUAACUAAAAAAGUCUACUUCAAGUGACUUGUCAUGUUUAGCGCCAGAUGUUGUGUUCUGUGACAUAAGCUGUUAUGAAAGUAUCUAAAGAAGGCGGAGAUAUAAUGAAGGAGUCAAGUUUUCUGAAGCUAAUCCUAAUCUCUUUUUUUAUUGACUGUGUUGCUCAGCACUCUAAUGAGAUUUUAAAGAUAUCCAAGUAUAACAAAACAUCAUUGGAGUCAUCGUGCCAGGAAAGAUACGUUGAUGAAUCGGAUAGUCUGGUGUACCUUGCAGUCCUUCAAACAUCACAUUUGAAUAUGUCUCAAUUGUACGUUGCUCACUUCCAAAUGGAGCAAUCAUUGUCCCAGAGUUUUGAACAAAUGUGCAGUGUCAAAGUGUGGAACAGUUCGUGUGAAAGUGACCACUCAAAGUCCAACUGCUACUGUCAGAGUAAUGACGACGGAGUUCUCAGUUUAAUUCUGAACAUGACUGCCAACUUGGAGCAUUCUGAGAGAACACUUCAAUUCAUUUUAAGCAACGCUACAAGUGGAGAUUGGAACAUGACUGCAGAAACAAAGUUACCAAAAGUUUACUCGCCUGUUAAUUUAACAUUGCUGAUUAACGGACAGAGUCAAGACAAAUAUAUGUGCAAUAUCACAAAACCGACAGAAAUAAGAGACGUAGAGAUCACGUGGUGUGUUCAAAGUGUGUUAAACUACACGCUACACAUUUCUACGAGAUCUAGCACUAUACUGAACUCAUCAUUUAAUGGUUGUGUUAUGUAUACAUUAACCCCCGCUGUGAUAUUUGAAAAUGUUACAGUCUCUUAUAUUGAAGUGGACGAUUGUCAGAGGCAUCAGUCUUAUAGGUGUAAUAUUUAUUCUAGAGACAAUCAAAACUCUUGUGUGGACAUGUGCCAGGAUGUUGUUCUAACCCACGUUGUGAUUACUAUCAUAGUGAUUUUAAUAUCUUCAGUCUGUAUACUCAUCACUUUAAAAGACAACGGCACGCCCAUCAAUCCUCUACUGAUUGUUCUAUUUGUAUCUGUCAUUGCUCAGAUUAUUCUAGUCAUCAUCGCUGCUACUUCUAUAGAAUAUACUGGUGAUACAGCUUUACACAUAUGGAAGAUAAUGGCAAUUUAUCAAAGUGCAACUUACUUGUUGUUUAUCAUUAUAGAGUUUGUACUGCUAUGUACACAUACAAAAAUCGAUCGCUAUUGUAUAGAUGAACCCUGGGUCUAUUUGAUUAUUUUAAUAUGCAUUCAAUCUUUGGUUGGAUCAGUAUGUCUUCCAUUUAUCAUUAAAUAUUUAAUGAAGAAAAAACCAGAGAAAGACAUAGAACUGACGUACAUUGGUAGAAGGCAGUAAACGAGGAGAACACAAGUGAUACAAGUACAUUGUCUCACUCACUAAAGUUGUCUGUUUUUGAACAUCAAUGCUUUAUGAACAAUCAAGAUUAUAAAUUUUAGGCAGCAUUAAUUAGCAAUUAUUUGUUUGUGCUUGCCUGGAUGUGGCAAAAUAUGUGGGUCACAGCUAGGGCUGCGUGGCCACGGAAAUACUGCAUCCCUUUUUAAUCUUCGGAAUUAAAAGCAAGCCUUAUUAUUAUUAUCAUUAGUUAGCAAUUAUCGUCUGCAAGAGAAUGUAAGUAUUGGCAUUACUGCAGUGGCAAUAUAAACCAUUGUCACUGUUUGGGCAGGUUGCCUCAUAAUCUUAAAUGAACUUUGUUUAUAUUUGCUUAAUUUCACUUUACAUGUUUUUCCUUUGAUUUCAGUCAGUAGCACUUAGGCAUUCUUUUUCUUUCUUUUUUUUUAAAUUGAUUAAAUUGUGUCUAAUUAUUUAAAGGCUAUUGUUUUGCUAAAGGAGUUUCAGUUUCUGAUACUUAUAGUUCAGCAAUCUGAAUAUACCUGGAAGCAUUGCCUAGUUGAAAAAUAUUUUGAUAUAUGCUGUCUAAUUCCAGUGUGUAAACUACAGGGCAGACAGCGAGCUGGUUACAGGUGUGUAUAGCUUCACGCUGGACAGUUUAAAGUCAGCCACCAGGGAAAGGUUAACUGACUUUAGAUUACAAGAGCGCUGUGAACAAAACAACAGACAUAUCCAGAUAUAGCUAUACAUUUCUUAAACUUAUUAAAGGGUUAAGACAGAGAGUACGAUAGAAGGAAGGUGGGUCAAGAAACCUCUUGGUAACUAUGGAAAGGGGAUAUUUUAAAAAGCUUGGAGAUGCUAAUAGGAAGGAAAGAUGGUCGCUACUUAUCGAACACGAUUGGUCAGUCUUCGAUCAAUAUUAUUAUAAGUUCUGCAUCCAUAUUUUAUAUUUGUUUCAGGUUUGAGUUUGAAGGUAUUAAACCCAAUACAAUUACAACUAA